GUGGAAGAAUACGCUGAAGCUUUAGAUGAGAUUCUUGUGAAAACUGAAGAUGGGUUGAAGUAUGUGCCAGAACUGUAUACUGUUUCAGCUGAUAAGGUUGAACUUGAAUACAGACAACCACAUAGCCAGGAUAGAGUUCCUAUUGGACAGAUUCCCUUCAUGUGGGCCCAGUCUUUAUACAUCAUUGGUCGCCUUGUUCAAGAGGGUUUCUUGGCUCCGGGUGAGUUGGACCCGCUAAACAGAAGGCUAUCUUCUGAGAAGAAACCAGAUGUGGUUGUACAAGUUGUUAUUCUAGCAGAAGAUAGCAUCAUUCAAGAAAAACUCCGUGGCCACGAGAUUCAUGUCCAGACUGCUUUUGAAGUAUCACCCAUUGAGGUCCAACCUGCCCGGGUUCUGAGCCAUAUUUAUGCCUACCUUGGAAAAAACCGUAAAAUGAACUUAUCUGGUCGGCAGUCCCGUGACGUUGGCUUACUGAGCACAAGCAAGCUAUACACUUUACAGGACAAGAUAUUUGCCUUCACUCCUCAGAACCUAGACCGAGAGGAUUCUUACCUUGUGAAUGAUGUAGAACUUAUGGCCAACACUUUGCGGUCAGACAUAGGUUUUCUUAGCUCCAACUGGCGUAUGCUUGGACGUCCAACUGUAUCAAUAAUUCUUCAUCAUCAUCAUCUGGAGAAUGAUAAAAUUCCAUUGGCUAUGGUCUCUACCAUCAAAAAACUAAAAAGUGGAUACAUUAAUGGCACCAGAGUGGCUCUGGGAACUCUUGAUGAAUUUCUAAGCACAUCUUGCAUCACAAGUUUGAGUUUUCUAGGUAAUCAAGAGGAAGGUGAUCCUGACAGUUUACAUCUCAUGGUGAAAGAGUAUUUGGAACGUGAACUACACAAACCACUCAGUCGUCCUUCGCUCCCAAAGAAACGUCCAAAGAGAAAACUGAGUAUGAUCCGUAGCAGACGUUCGGGAAUCUCUGGAAUCAUUAAGCGCACGCGAUCCAUCCAGGUGGACCAGUAUGAUCCAGGCAAGUCAAGUAUGGAGAAUAGUAGGAAAGAUGAUCUCGCCAGACUUCGGGCAUCUUAUGACAAGCACUCUAGGUCACCGCCGACGUCCCCAGGACCAGAAGCAGUGUCCAUACAAUCGGAGUCUUCCUAUUCAUCGCCUACAGAGUCUAGAGACAGAAGUCCUUCUCCGUCCCAAGAGGACGAUGAACAGUGGGAGACUGUUGCACGUGUCCGGACUACUUCAGACCUUCAGUUUGAGCAUGUGACAGAAGACGAACUGUUGGGUAUGCUGAGGGAAACGGACAACCUUGAAGAAUUAGGAGACCUACUCCACUUUCUUGUUGUUACCAAGCAUGUAUCUCUUCUUCAUCAAACUCAAAGUGGAAAUAAGAUGAAAAAUUAAAUUUUGUUGUUGUAGUAUAAUUGUGAUUGAGGUGUUGUGUAAUUGUUUGUGUUUAUCACAAAAUUCCUCAUUACUUGAGUCGGACAUUCGUGGUCAGUGGGUCAACACUAAUAAAGCAUUACGUACUUUAAACUCUAUUUAUAAGUUAAUGGUGAUGG